CACGUUGAUCUAAUUACCCAUAACCACAUUCUCUCAUCUCCUCCCAGCAGGGCAACAAGGAAGGGUCGUUCCUGUGGAUGGUGAAGCGUGACCCGCCGUCCUACUUCUUCGGCACCAUCCACGUGCCGUACACCCGCGUCUGGGAGCACAUCCCCAACAACACCAAGCGCGCCUUCCGCCUCAGCGACAACGUCUUCUUCGAGCUGGACCUCACUGAUCCCUACACCGUGUCCGCCCUCACCACCUGCCAGCUGCUCCCCAGGGGGGAGAACCUAUCUGACGUGUUACCUGGCGAGCUGUUCACAAGACUCAAGCGACAUCUGGCCUACGUGAAGACUCAGAUGCCACGCUGGAUCACGCAAGACCAGCGCGGCCGAGGACUGUAUGCUGACUACCUCUUCAACGCUAUCACCGGUAACUGGGAGAGGAAGCGGCCGGUGUGGGUGAUGCUGAUGGUGAACAGCCUGACGGAGAGUGACAUCCGGAGCCGCGGGGUGCCGGUGCUGGACCUGUACCUGGCGCAGGAGGCGGAGCGACUCACCAAGCAGACUGGGGCCGUGGAGCGUGUGGAGGAGCAGUGCGUGCCCCUUAAUGGCCUCAACUUCUCCCAGGUUGUGUUCGCGUUGAACCACACACUGGCGCAGCAGGAGAUCCUGAGGGAGGGGGACGGGCGUCUCACCUACACCACGGACCACCUCAUCACCCACUACAACUGCGGGAACCUGGACGCUGUUAUAUUCUCGCAGGACACGACCCAGGUCCCGCACUUGGGUAACACGUCCCUGCCCCCCGUGGACGCUGCCAUCGCCACGCACAUCGACGAGUACUUCCGCGAGGAGCUCAUCUAUCGCCGUAACAAGCGCAUGGGUCACCGUGUAGUGGAGAUCCUGCGCGCGAACCCCGACCAGAGCUUCUUCUUUGCUUUCGGGGCAGGUCACUUCCUUGGGAAUCACACGGUGCUGGACGUGGUGCGAGCCGCUGGUCUGGCGGUGCAGCACGUGGGGCCUGAGACGAGGAUCAAGAGACACAAGCGGAAGCGAGGCGGCCACAGGGGCGGACUGGUGCCGGAACCCUCGGUGCUGAAGGACUUCACGAGCACCCUUGACGCGCGCCAUCAGCACGACCCUGCCUUUGCUAAGUUCCUGUCGGAGCAGACCGCAGGGGGAGGGAACAGGUGGCGCAUGGGCACCCCCACUACCACCCAGCCCUUCAGGAAGCACGCCCAGUUCAACGACCUCUGGGUCAGGAUAGAUCCCGAGCCGCCGAUGUCUUACGAUCAGCACUCGUCUGACUAUCACGAGGCGACGACCAACGAGCCAGUAGAUCCCCGCGACGAGGAGCUGGUGCGGGAGUCCCUCAGGGUAUGGUAUGGCCUGCCCGCCGCCACGCGCUCCGCCUCGCCCCGCGCCGCCUUUCCUGCACCCACCGUCCUGCUGCUGCUGCUGCUAAGUGUCCUCUUCGCGAGCCGCCCGUCACUACCUCAGCCAGUAAACUUCUCCUGCCGGUGAUGUCAGAGUGCCGCCCGCAGCUCCGCUCUCCUCGGCAGUACAAAUCCAGCUGCCGCCUGCCACACGCGGAAUCCAGGCCGGGUUGGUGGCGCCGUCCCGUACUCUGCCGUCAGCUGCUCCCACCACCUGGACAGCUGUCCCUGAACUGCUAACAAAUUUUAUAUGUUCUUUAGGAAAGGAGUGUUUAUAAAGUGUGUAAAAUGUGUUUAGUCUUGCUUGACGGACAACUGUUCACAAAGAUAACAAUACAGCACACGCUUGCCAACAGCUGAGUGUGUUACGCUGAUGUAGUGUGUGUCUGUGCCAGCCUGUGCCAGGACUGGGUUGUGGCCUUCGCCGGGUGUGUCAAGGGAGUCCUUGUCAGGAUGCCGUGCAGUGACAGGAAAACGAGUGUGGGUAAUAGGCAGGCUACGUAUUUGUUAAUGUGACAAGAAAUACUAGGGCUAUGAAAAUGAUCCUGAAAUACUCUCCCCGUCUUUAGUAGGAAAGUCACGAUGGAUGCAGCUUCCCGAUUCGUCCGUCCUCUGUAAAGCAUAACCGUGUCCGCCUGAUUCGCCGUGGCCUGGAGGCUGCAUGGACCUGGAGUGGCCUGAGUAUUUAGGUGUCUUCCAAAUUUGUUGUGGAACUGAACUAUUCGAAAAAGGAAAAUGCGGAUUUUUUUUUUUUUUUUUCUCGUUUUCAUAAGGAGGGAGAAGAACAAUUGUCAGACUUGGUAUAAACCCGUGGAUGUGUGUUUGUCAAUGAGUGCUGAUACAUUUGCGAGAAACUGUGCCGCCCAGCGACCUGCCCGCCCUUCAGCUGAUUGCCGAAGUGCAUGCGUCCCUCAGUAUUACACUUCAGUGCAGAUAUGGCCAAUGGGUCUGAACAAAUGGCCUGGUCAGGAGACCAACACAGCGAUUCACGCUGCGAGGCUUGAAGCCGGUGCAUCUAACGAUUAUGUUUUAGGAAGCAGUCUUGGAGCAUUCCCCGAGAGAAACUGAAGGAGAGAAUAAGAGUGUGUGCUAGGCGCCGGUCCAGCGAAAAAAAAAAAAAAUUAUAGCAAAUAAAUGAAUGAAAUAAGUCCAACCGAUGUUAUUGAGCUGCUGGUGUUGGUGGAAUACGUGCCAUACAUACGCAGUGGUGGAGGCAUGGCUGUGCUGCCAGAGGGAUCGCGGCCACUUGUCACGCUGUAUCCCAGUGCGUUUCCUCGCCACCCGGCAAUGAGGCGGGAUGAACUGUCGAGUGUUGGCAUUUGAUUAUCCUUCCUUAUUCCCUUUCUGUCCCAUGGGGAGCCUUCAACAAUCCCUUCUGUGUGCGGUAACCACGGGCUCCGUGGCUGAAUGUAAGUGUAAAUAAAGAUCCUCGCGUCGUCCGGGUCGAGGCUGUGCCGGAGCUGCAGCACCACAGGAGGCGCUGCGCUGCUCGCCAAGAAGCACUUUGGUUAAGGCUGUUUUUCUCGCUUCUAUGGCGCUGUCAGACGGGCGUGGGUACAGCUGUGAUGCCCCACAUUGGGGCGAGGACUGUAGGCCCGUGUUAUAUACCUCAGGACAAGCGGGGCCGCGUAAAUGUGUACAUUUGCAUAUUCGUAAUACUAACUUAUGUGUAGACGUUUUUUCCUUUAUGCAUGAAACAUAUUUUUCUCGUGUAUUUUUCGUGUGCUUAAUAUGGAUGAAUGUCAUAUUUUAGUUUCCACUUCAAAUGUUUUCAUAAAUAACAAAUUCCGUAAGAAUUCAUCGAUUUAGUGCCUCAGGCAGGACGAGUUUGAAGAAGACAUGAUUCUGAAUUUUAAACUUGACUAAGGAGAAUAAGGGCAACGGAAAAAAAAUAAUAAUACAAAACACAAACAGAAGAGGCAUAAUAAUGAGGUCUGCGGUGGCUCCGUCCUGCCGGCGCUUCGGGGACUGCAGCGAGGCGAGAGAAGCGUCCCGCCUGUCAGAUGAGAGGAAGACUCGUCAGUUCCAUGUUCUGCCCUCGCACACCCAGAGAGCAGGGAGCGGUGAAGGGUGUCUGCAGUGUGACCUCAGUGGUGCACCUGCUAAAUUAUCAUGGCUUUUCAUGUGAGAAAUAAAAGCUGGAUUAUACGUAACUUACAUAUUAAUGCCAGGGUGACAUAUUUUGUGUAAUGGUGUCCAGAAAAAAUAAGGGUUCUUAUAGACUUGGUCACGCUUAUCAACUUGGUGUCUCAAAUUGAUUUUUAAUGUAAAAUAUUUCCUUGUGUGUAAUUUGAUUAGGAAAAAAAUGUAUUAUUCUCAGUAAAAGUCAUAAUGAA